GGCAGGAGACCCGAGCGCCGAGGACUUCCCGCUGCCCGCGCCCCGCUGCCGUCGUGCAGCUGCCCCCUGCCUGGCCCCAGGCAUCCUGGCCAUGGCCCACCCCACGCUCUUGCUCAGCCUUGGCCUCCUGGCCGGCCUGCUGCCGGCGCUGGCCGCCUGCCCCCAGAACUGCCACUGCCACGGCGAUCUGCAGCACGUCAUCUGCGACAAGGUGGGGCUGCAGAAGAUCCCCAAGGUGUCAGAGAAGACCAAACUGCUCAACCUACAGCGCAACAACUUCCCAGUGCUGGCUACCAACUCGUUCCGGGCCAUGCCAAACCUUGUGUCGCUGCACCUGCAGCACUGCCAGAUCCGGGAGGUGGCUGCCGGGGCCUUCCGUGGCCUCAAGCAGCUCAUCUACCUGUACCUGUCUCACAACGACAUCCGCGUGCUGCGUGUCGGUGCCUUCGAGGACCUGACCGAGCUCACCUACCUCUAUCUGGACCACAACAAGGUGACCGAGCUUCCCCGGGGACUGCUUUCCCCGCUGGUCAACCUCUUCAUCCUGCAGCUCAACAACAACAAGAUCCGCGAGCUGCGUGCAGGCGCCUUCCAGGGCGCCAAGGACCUGCGCUGGCUCUACCUGUCGGAAAACGCACUCAGCUCCUUGCAGCCCGGAGUUCUGGACGAUGUGGAGAACCUCGCUAAGUUCCAUCUGGACAGGAACCAGCUGUCUAGCUACCCCUCAGUGGCUCUGAGCAAGCUGCGGGUGGUGGAGGAGCUGAAGCUGUCUCACAACCCCCUGAAGAGCAUUCCCGACAAUGCCUUCCAGUCUUUCGGCAGAUACCUGGAGACCCUCUGGCUGGACAACACCAACCUGGAGAAGUUCUCCGAUGCUUCCUUCCUGGGUGUUACCACACUAAAACACAUCCAUCUGGAAAACAACCGCCUGAACCAGCUGCCUUCCAACUUCCCCUUUGACAACCUGGAGACCCUCACUCUCACCAACAACCCCUGGAAGUGUACCUGCCAGCUCCGUGGCCUCCGGAGGUGGCUGGAAGCCAAGACUUCUCGUCCUGAUGCAACUUGUGCCUCACCCGCCAAGUUCAAGGGCCAGCACAUCCGUGACACAGACGCCUUCCGCAGCUGCAAGUUCCCCACUAAGAGGUCCAAGAAAGCUGGACGCCAUUAAACAGGUGGGAGCAAGAUCCUGACCCAGCCGGUCCUGGUGACUGGCCUCUGCCUUCUGCCGGAGAAACUACUGACCUUCCCACCUCUGACCCCCAUCUUCUUCCACAGCCUCUGCUGAUGCACAGAGCUGUCCACACCUAGACAUGUCCUGGCAGGGAGACUCGGGCACUCCAGCACCAGCCCAGGUCCACCUGACGGUGAGGUCUCCAUCUGCCUGGCCCUUCCACCUGGCUCCUCUCAGAGAAGCUGUUUCUGAGACUCCCCCCAAGUCCUUUAAAACCAGAACUGGGUGGGCAUCAGGAUGGCCACCUUCCAGAAUCCUCCUUCCCUCUGCUCCCCUUGCCCUGCCAUUUGAAAACCAACAUCAGAUCCUUGCCCCCACCCCUUGUUUCCAGAAAGGGUCUUAAGCCCAUACCCCAACUCCGCCAGCUCCCCCCUGCCUGGAUGUUCUAGCAGGACACCGGUGCUUUGCCGCAUCUCUCUCCAUGCUGCAUGUCUUCCCCAGAUUUCUAUGAAAAUAAAUUUAUGUAUGUAU